GUCCCCCUCUUCACCCACCGUGACAUUCACAACCGUAGCCAGGCCUUUCGGGGUUGAAUUGCAGAACACACAUUUCGGGGAAACUUACGCGUAUUUGACAACUCUAGGAACAAAACCAGCAGAAGCUGAACAAGGAAGCAGCCGCACAAAGAAAAACAGAAGUGGGAGCUGGGGGCCUGGCCCUCCCGGUGAGGAGGACAGAAGCCGUGGGUCCAGCAGGCCGGACGCCACUGCCUGUGACCUCGUGGCGCAGAGAUGACCCCGCAGGGCCAGGCGUCCCGGCUGCUGGCAGUCCUGCUGCUGCUCUGGGUCCCAGGCUAUUUAUCUCUGAGAGGUCCCAGGCGAGUGACGGGCACCGUGGGGGGAUCACUGAGCGUGCAGUGUCGGUACGAGGAGGAGUUCAAGAAAAAUAACAAAUACUGGUGCACAUACUCAUAUUUGCCACCACUGAGGACGAAGAUUGUGGAAACCACAGAGUCAGAGAGAGAAGUGAGGAGCGGCCGUGUGUCCAUCAGGGAUGAUCCAGCAAACCUCACCUUCACAGUGACCUUGGAGAGACUCACAGAGGAUGAUGAAGGCACAUACUGGUGUGGGAUCAAUAGACCAUGGACAAAAGAACUGAUAGACCUCACCUUCAAGGUUAUGGUGUCUGUGUCCCCAGCCCCGACAGGGAAUGCCACCCACAGCAGGAACAGCCAGGAUGGCUCCCGGCCGAGCCCGGACCAGGACCACGGGCUCCCUGUGCUGCUCAUCUUGUUAGCGCUUCUGCUGCUCCUCCUGGCGGGGGCCUCACUGCUGGCCUGGAGAAUGGUGCGGAGGCGGAGGCGGGUCAAAGCUGGUGGGAAUCCGGAGCCACUCCAGAACCCCUGUCAGGCCGCCCCGCAGAGUGAGCCCUGCUACGCCAACCUGGAGCUGCAGAUGGGGCUCCUUCAGGGAGAGCCCGUGCACCCGAGGCAGGAGGAGGUGGAAUACAGCACCGUGCAGGCCCCCAGGGAAGACCUGCACUACUCCAUGGUGAUAUUUACCGCGCAGCAUCAGGAUCCUGAGGACCAGAGGCCCCCGCGGCAGGAGCCAGAGUACAGCGAGAUCAGGAAGACAAGGCAGGAGCCAGAGUACAGCGCGAUCAGGGAGACACAGCAGGAGCCAGAGUACAGCGCGAUCAGGGAGACACGGCAGGAGCCAGAGUACAGCGCGAUCAGGACGUAGCUGGCCUCCCGCUUCCCCGCCUGGAGGUCUCUGUGGGGAGCCCAGGGCCCCCCCUUCCCCCACGUGCCCCUCAGCCUGCUCCCCUCCAACAAGGGGCUGGGCUCCCGCCGGCUGUCCCUCUGGUGCUGGGACCUGCGGGGUACCCUCCCAUGGGCCGGCUCUGUCACACCUUCCCUCUAUUCUCUGCCUCACUCCAGCCACGUGAUGGUGCUCAGCCCUGCGGGAUCCAGGACAGGGAGGCGCACACACUGUCCCCUCCCAGUAGCUUCGUAAGGCCCUGCCAGUGGCCAGGAGGGAGAACCGGCAGAGAGCGGGGAGCCCCUCGGCCCUGAGAGCAGACCCCUCUUCUCCAGGCGAGGAGGCUGGAGGAGAGGCUGCCCUGGCCCAGACCCAGCAGCAGGCAUGUCCUCGGCUCCCCUGAACCCUGAGAGGUUGAGUUUAAUACAAGAGACAGCAAUAAAGGUGACAACAUCUUGAGAGAAGAGGCGUUAUUGGAACGAUGCCUGCUGGCGUCGGCUCCGCAUUGAAGAAAGCCCCUGCCCUGGAUCCCAGAGGAGCAGAGAGGCUGGAGGGGCCCCAGGGGUGGGGACAUCCCAGAGGUCAGCACUGGGCGGGACAGGGGCAGCCACCCCUCGUUCGCUCCACGUCAGGGGGUUCAGACCUCAGAGCCUUGUCUGCCACCCUCUCCGCUGUGCAAAGUCUCAGGGCUUUUGUUUCGACGCUUCACAACGUUGUGACCCAUGUUAAGUAAGUAAGAGUUAAAAGCAAGGAGUGUAUGUCAGUAUGUCCCGUAAGUCAAAGGGAGGCCCGACCCCUGACCCUGGGGGUACCGGCCGUGGUGAUGCUGCCGUCACAAUCAACUUGAGCCUUUGGAGCACUUUUCUCUGGGCGGUGGGCCCACAGCUUCGGAAGGUUUUUCCCGAGGGCGGACGGACACAUCUGCUGGUGUCUUCUGCAGAUUUUCGUGAUCUGUGCAUGCGAGUCAUCCCAGUACUGCCUCUCUCUUUACUGCUGUUCUGAGAUGCAAAAGGGGAAAUACAGACACACACACACACACACACACACACACACAGAAUGGGGGUAUCGGAUUCCCCAGGUGGCCCGUGAAAUCACAAGGGGCUUUGUGGGAGGGAAGCCAAAGGGUUAAAGUUAGAAAAAAUUGAUGACAAAGUGUGUGUGGGGGAUUAUUCAGAUUCACCCAAUUUUAAAAAACAUGUUCCACAUUUGUUUUGUUAUUAUA